AAUUUUCAUAUACAAACAAAUAUAAUAACAUUUCCCAGAAAUUUUCUGGUUUCUUGGGAAUUUCAAGGUUCUUCCAAAAAACUAGUACAACUGCUUUGAUUUUUUUUUUUUUCAAUAUUUUGACCCUUUCUUUUUAUCUGAACAAGUUAAUUUUAUUUAUUUACUUGUAUUUGUUUAUAUAUUCAUGUUAUUGGAAUUUUGAUACCUUUCUUCAUGUUACAAGACAAGUUUCAAUCUCCAUUUUUUUCUCAAAAUUUUUCCCCAAAUUUCCAAAUGUUUUUGUCUCAGAUUUAUUUUUCAUUCCUCUCCAUUUUCCCAGGUUUUUCCCUUGAAAAUUUCAAUGGCUGUUUAUGGGGUUUGGAGAUUCUGGGCCGGAGCAAUUUAUCAAAUUUUUGAUGGUCUUCAGAUGGCUUUGAAUUCACAAGAUAGAAAAAGCAAGUCUUUGAUUCAUAAAAUGUUUGCAUCAAAAGAUAGAAGUCGACGAGGGAUUAAAUUCCCUUCUGAAGCAGACGCCUUUACUAAUUCUGGAACCGAAAUGCCAGCAGUUCAAAAUGCCAAGACCUUAAAGACUUUUGUAGCUACAUGGAAUGUGGGAGGGAAGCCUCCAGAGAAUAGCCUUGUUCUUGACGAUUUUCUUCAGCUUAGUGCUCCAUCAGAUAUCUAUGUCCUGGGAUUUCAGGAAAUUGUCCCGUUAAAUGCUGGAAACGUGCUUGUUUUAGAAGACAGUGAGCCAGCUGCAAGGUGGCUGGCUCUUAUUAAUCAGUCUCUCAAUGGAAGUAAUAACCAUUUCCAAGCUCUGAGAAAAGCAACCUCUUUGAUAGAAGCAAAGACUAUGUAUGGAACCAAAAAUAAUAAACUAACAAGCACGGCGAGUGGCUCAGUGUUCUUUCCCAAGUACUCCCUCAAAGCUAUGAGCAAGCAAUUCAGGACAGAAAGCAAAAAGAAGCUCAAGACAUGCAACUGUGUCUCAGAUCUAGAGAGAAGAUACACCAGGGAUUCGUGUUUUCGCUGCCAACAAAGUAACGUUAGUGACGAUUCAUCAGAAGAAGAUGAUGGACCAAACGGAGUUGUUUUUUCAGAAAUCAUUAAUUCUUCUGGAAGUAAUCAGAAAUACAGCUUAAUUGUAAGUAAGCAGAUGGUUGGGAUUUUUCUCACAAUAUGGGUAAAGAGGGAGCUCGUUCCACAUAUUAGUCACUUAAAAACUUCUUGUAUUAGUCGUGGUAUCAUGGGCCUCGGAAACAAGGGCUGCAUCUCUGUGAGCAUGCUUCUGCAUCGAACGAGCUUUUGUUUCAUAUGCAGCCAUCUGGCAUCCGGGGAGAAAGAAGGAGAUGAGCUUAGAAGGAAUUUGGAUGUUAUAGAGAUACUUAAAAGCACUUAUUUCCCAAGAAGAUGCAAAGUUUUGAACAGCCAAAUUCCAGAAAGAAUCUUAGAGCAUGACCGGAUCAUAUGGUUUGGGGACUUGAAUUACAGAAUUGCUUUAAGUCAUACGGAAACCCUGAAGCUGCUGAAGAAAAGAGAAUGGGAGGCGCUGCUCAGCAAGGAUCAGCUAAAAAUCGAGAGGGAGGCUGGGCGAGUAUUCAAAGGAUGGAGAGAAGGGCUUAUAAAAUUUGCACCUACUUACAAGUACUCUUUUAACUCAGACAUUUAUCUUGGAGAAACCAACAUCGCACCAAGCAAAAGAAGAACUCCUGCUUGGUGUGACAGAAUUUUAUGGAAGGGGGAUGGUAUGCAGCAGUUACAUUACGAACGUAAGGACUCUAAUAAGUAUCAGUUUUCUGAUCACCGACCUGUUUGUUCAUCAUUUUCUGUGGAUGUUUCUGUGAGGGAAUCAAAUUCAAACUUCCUUAAAAUUGAAGUUGAAGAACUUCUACCAAAAUAACAAUGAAUUGCUGAAAGGUACUAACAUAGAUUGUAAUUGUCGAAGACUGAAGAAACACCCAAAUUUUUCGUUGCUGACUUGCAGUAGAAUGAUAAGUUGUAGGCAAUUCUUUUUAGCUAGCCCUUCCAUCUAGCUUACCAAUUUUUUGUACAGUAUAUUUUUCUCUCUUUUGUAAUUUUUUUUUCUUACUCCUUGUUAAAUGUAUCAAUAGCCCUUUUUUCCCCUUUGAUUUGCAUAGAUAAAGGAAAUGGAAGCAAGGAAUUUUUUUUUUCUUUCAUUGGAAUGAAUUUGUACAUGAUUUUGUUGUUAUGGUAGUAAUAUAAGUUAUGAUUGAUUAAAUUUCACCAUGUAUAUCACAAUUAUUUUUGGUGUUCUUGUA